AUGGCGGCGGCGGGGCCCGAGUCCGGCGGGAGCAGCGGGAGCAGCGGCGGCUUCGGCGGUUCUUCCACCGUCAAGAAAUCCCUGACCCCCGAGAUGCCGGGAGGUUCCGGCCAGACCAUCAGGAAGGGGCACAGAGGGGUGGAUUCCACGGGGGAAACCACCUACAAAAAGACGACGUCGUCGGCGCUGAAGGGCGCGAUCCAGCUGGGGAUCACCCACACCGUGGGCAGCCUGAGCACCAAGCCCGAGCGCGACGUGCUCAUGCAGGACUUCUACGUGGUGGAGAGCAUCUUCUUCCCCAGGUCCGGCGGUCCUGAAAUCCCUGGGAAUGGCCCCAAGUCCCUGGGAAUGGCCCCAAGUCCCUGGGAAUGGCCCCAAGUCCCUGGGAAUGGCCCCAAGUCCCCGGGAAUGUCCCCAAGUCCCUGGGAAUGGCCCCAGAUCCCCGGGAAUGGCCCCAGAUCCCCGGGAAUGGCCCCAAGUCCCUGGGAAUGGCCCCAAGUCCCUGGGAAUGGCCCCAAGUCCCUGGGAAUGUCCCCAGAUCCCUGGGAAG